AUGAACAUGUUGGAUGUAGAAGACGACAGCUUUCACGUCACGCGUGAAGGCUACUCCCAUCUGAGUGACUCAGAAUGGGAGGUAGUCGGCCGCUCGCGUGUGCUCAUGGGCGAACUCGCCACCAGUGGCUUGUUGGAGUCUUUAAGCAGAGACCAGCGGCAUGCUGAUAUCAACAAGUUCCUACAAGGUAAGCUUGCCGUCAAAAACCAGAAGCUCGCCUAA